AUGCCACCACAUCUACACCCUCGGUCACGGUCGACCACCGGCCUAUUCGCCGGCACCCUCCUCGCAUCUCUCCUCGUUGUCGGCAUGCCGCACGUCUUCCCUUGCCCGGCCCCACGACGCACCUUUGCCGAUUCGGAGAUGACCAUGACAGCCGACGGUCAACAAGUGCCACGCAUCCGACGUAGACGGCGGAAGGAUCUUGAAGUGGCCCCAGAGGGCACUCAGACGGGUCAGCCCACACCAGUCGUUGUGGACGAGGAGGUCUCGACAUUUCUUCAGAUGGAGGAGGAAGCAGAGAAACUCUCACACAUCAAUCGAGAAUGCCCCGUUCCUAAACCCAAGGGUGUUAUAGGGGAAUUGCUGGGCUUCCGAGCGAAUGCCCAGCAUCAGCCCACCACCUUGUCUGAGGGAGACCAAUAA